UCUGUCAUGGGCACUGGGAACCGGACCUGCACGGGCACGUCCAAGAGGUACCAGCUCUGCAGAGUACAGGUGAGGCUCCGCCAGCCGGGACCCCCUCCCCCAUCCCCCUUCUCUGGCAGGUCUCAGGGCAGCUUCCCGGUGGCCCUGGGCCCUCUGGACACUCUGUCCAGGGCCUGCCACUUACACCCUGUUGAAGAGAAGGGUGGUGAGGGCCUCCGGGCUCAGAAUCCCCCCUUCCGGCAUCAAAUCAAAUUUGUGGUGCCACCACGGGCUGCGGGCACCUGAGGGGAAAAGGACCCACUUCUGCUGGCGGAACUCCAGCACGACCUCAAGGUCUGGGGUCUAGGGGCGCGCGCGGCCCCUGCGCUCAGCGUGAAGCCUGCUCGCGGGUCUCCCCGGGGGACUGGGGUCACCGGCAUCCCCCCUGUGCGCCCGCCUCUGCUCUCUGCGCCCUCCACACCCAAACCUUCUCUGUCGGUCGCGUGCUGCACCGAGGUGGCUGGGUCUGGGCAGGAGGUGCUGACCCUGGCUCACCCUCCGGUCACCUCUUGAUGGGGCCAAAGCCAGUCUGAACCAGACCCCCUGGACCGGGGGCGGGGCAGAGAGAUGAUGCUGUGCGUGUCCCCAUGUCCCUGCGUCCACGUGUCUGUGUGUCUGUGUGGGCACACGGGGGGAGUUAGGGGCUGGAGGGAGGCGAGCGGCCAUGACCUCUGUGCUGGCCUCGCUGGUCAGCUGCCCUCCUGACGUGAGCUCGGGAGGGAGCCCUGGCCCAGUUCGGCUUCUGGCCGCGGCGUGAGCAGCUGGGCCCCGCGCAGGCCCCUCCCCUCUGCCCCACGGGCCCCUCUUCUGUGAAGUCAGGCCCACGCAGUCAGUGCCCGUGUCCCAGGCACUGUGGCUGUGGAUGCGGACAUGCAGAUGGGCUCCUGCCCGAGGAUGCGGGGCGCGUGGGGACCCCGCGCGAGCACCGCCGAGGCCGGUGUCCCUGCCGCUCCAUGUGCGGCCAGGGAGAAGGCCGGGGCGGUGGGGCUGAAAGGAUCCAGCCCAGAGCACGGGGAGGGCCAGCACACGUGGGUGCUGGAGGCUUGGUCCUCCCUCCCUCCUUCCAGAGAGCCCGAGAGACGGAGAGCACGGAGGAGAGCCACUUCCUGCUCUGCCUGGACAAAAAUGCUUUUGUCGGGCCGAGUCCCUCCCAGAGCCUCCCGCCCUGUCUUCCCGCUUCCCAGGAGUGUCCGCCGGACGGGAGGAGCUUCCGUGAGGAGCAGUGCAUCUCCUUCAACUCCCGUGUGUACAACGGGCGGACGCACCAGUGGAAGCCGCUCUAUCCCGGGUCCCCAGGACCGGCAGCCCAGGGCCAUCAAGUCGGCUCAGACCUCCUGCAGAGGGGACACUGCCCCCCACUCACAGGGCGGCAGAGGCUGGACUUCCAGAGCCUGGGCUGGGCCAGAUCACCUGCAUCUUGGUCCGUUUCUGCCACUGAGACCCCAGAUGACUAUGUGCACAUCUCCAGCAAGCCGUGCGACCUGCACUGCACCACCGUGGACGGCCAGCGCCAACUCAUGGUCCCCGCCCGCGACGGCACGUCCUGCAAGCUUGCCGACCUGCGAGGGGUCUGCGUGUCUGGAAAAUCCCAUCGGCUGUGACGGGGUGCUCUUCUCCACCCACACGCUGGACAAGUGUGGCGUCUGCCAGGGGGACGGAAGCAGCUGCACCCAUGUGACAGGCAACUACCGCAAGGGGAACACCCACCUGGGUUACUCUCUGGUGACCCACAUCCCGGCCGGCGCCCGAGACAUCCAGAUUGUGGAGCGGAAGAAGUCUGCGGACGUCCUAGCUCUUGCAGAUGAAGCCGGCUACUACUUCUUCAAUGGCAACUUCAAGGUGGACAGCCCCAAGAACUUCAACAUCGCCGGCACCGUGGUCAAGUACCGGCGGCCCAUGGACGUGUACGAGACGGGAAUCGAGUACAUCGUGGCGCAGGGGCCCACCAACCAGGGCCUGAACGUCAUGGUGUGGAACCAGAACGGCAAAAGCCCUUCCAUCACCUUCGAGUACACGCUGCUGCAGCCGCCGCACGCCCACCGCAUCCAGCCCGUCUACUACAGCUUCUCAGAGCCCACCGCAGACAGCACGGAGAGCCAGGAGCUGGACGGGGCUGGGCUGGCGGGCUUCCUUCAGCACAACGGCUCCCUCUACGGCCAGGCCUCCUCGGAGCAGCUGGGCCUGGACAACCGACUGUUCGGCCACCGGGGCCCGGGGAUCGAGCUGGGUCUGAGCAAAGGCCAGGAGACCAACGAGGUGUGCGCGCAGGCCAGCGGCAGGGCCUGCGAGGGGCCCCCCAGGGGCAAGGGCUUCCGAGACGGCAACGCCACCGGGACGGCUCAUGCGGGACACCAGGAUGACCAAGAGACCGGCGCCCAUUUUACCUCCCAGGAGCUCCUCUCGGCCAACGCCAUCUCCGACCAGCUCCUGGACACGGACUCCGACUCCAGGGAGGUCCCCCUCAAUGAGACCAGCAACAGCAUCUUUGCACAGGGCGCCCCGAGGGGCUCCCCGGCCGACAGCCUCUACGUCGAGUACGAGGAGAACGAGGGAGCCGGUGCUUACCUGCUCAACGGGUCCUACCUGGAGCUGAGCACUGACAGAGUGGCCAACACCUCCUCCGAGGCCCCGUUCCCCAACGCCAGUGCCAGCCUCCCUGCCUUGGCUGGGAACAGGACGCAGAAAGCCAGGACCAGGCCCAAGACGCGUAAGCACGGCGUGAGUCCCGCGGACAUGUACCGGUGGAAGCUCUCGUCCCACGAGCCCUGCAGCUCCACCUGCACCACAGGGGUCAUGUCGACGUAUGCCAUGUGCGUCCGCUAUGAUGGCAUCGAGGUGGACGACAGCUACUGCGACGCCCUGACCCGGCCCGAGCCUGUCCAGGAGUUCUGUGCAGGGAGGGAGUGCCAGCCCAGGUGGGAGACUAGCAGCUGGAGCGAGUGCUCGCGCACCUGCGGCGAGGGCUACCAGUUCCGCAUCGUGCGCUGCUGGAAGAUGCUCUCGCCCGGCUUCGACAGCUCCGUGUACAGUGACCUGUGCGAGGCGGCCGAAGCCGUGCGGCCCGAGGAGCGCAAGACGUGCCGGAACCCGGCCUGCGGGCCGCAGUGGGAGAUGUCUGAGUGGUCAGAGUGCACGGCCAAGUGUGGGGAACGCAGCGUGGUGACCAGGGACAUCCGCUGCUCGGAGGAUGAGACGCUGUGUGACCCCAACACCAGGCCUGUGGGGGAGAAGGACUGCACGGGCCCUCCUUGCGACCGCCAGUGGACAGUCUCCGACUGGGGGCCGUGCAGUGGGAGCUGCGGGCAGGGCCGCAUGAUCAGACACGUGUACUGCAAGACCAGCGACGGACGGGUGGUGCCCGAGUCUCAGUGCCAGAUGGAGGCCAAGCCUCUGGCCAUCCACCCCUGCGGGGACAAGAACUGCCCCGCCCACUGGCUGGCCCAGGACUGGGAACGGUGCAACACCACCUGUGGCCGAGGUGUGAAAAAGAGGCUGGUACUGUGCAUGGAGCUGGCCAACGGGAAGCCGCAGACGCGCAACGGCCCCGAGUGCGGCCUGGCCAAGAAGCCCCCGGAGGAGAGCACGUGCUUCGAGAGGCCCUGCUUCAAGUGGUACACCAGCCCCUGGUCUGAGUGCACCAAGACCUGCGGGGUGGGAGUGCGGAUGCGAGACGUGAAGUGCUACCAAGGCACCGACAUCGUCCGGGGCUGCGACCCGCUGGUGAAGCCCGUUGGCAGACAGGCCUGUGACCUGCAGCCUUGCCCCACGGAGCCCCCAGACGACAGCUGCCAGGACCAGCCGGGCACCAACUGCGCCCUGGCCAUCAAGGUGAACCUCUGCGGCCACUGGUACUACAGCAAGGCAUGCUGUCGCUCCUGCCGGCCCCCCCACUCCUAGGCCCGGCGGCCGCUCCUCAGAGACCGAGCACCCCAUCCCUGGGGCCGCAGCAGCCCCUCCACGGACACCCUCCCUGCAGGGCGCCCCGGCUGUGAAGACGUGACACUGAGCCCCUGCUCUCUCCCCGGGCAGGAGAGCCCCUCCCCUGCCCCCCAACCCCCGAGCGCGCCCGUCGGCCCUCCCAGGACAGAGCCGGGAGGACUGGCGCGUUUGUGGCUCCCACCCGGGGGCCUGGGAACAUCCUCUGUCCCUCCAGGGCUGUGGGGGUGAGGAGAGGGGGAUGGGCAGCCAGGGAGACGGGGCGCCUGGGAUCCUGAUGCUGUCUAGGUGACUCCUUCCGGAGGAAUUUUAAUCUCACGACGUAGCAUCGCUCGCCUCCCUGAUACGAAGCUCUUGGCACCGAGGGACCCACCGCACUUUACACCUGGGAAGAGGCGUUUUCUCGCGGCACCAUGGCUGUGCUGUCGUCCGUCAGUACUCUCUGUACGUUAAUAAAGUGGUCCUAUUUAUGGCGGCA